AUGGAAAGCAUCGUGAUUUAUGCCAAAUUAGGAUCAAAUCUACAAACCCUAAUUGACAAAAAUCUGUACCUGGUGAGAGGAGGACCAGAGGAGGUGCGAUCAGCAAUAACCCUAUCGGGAUCUCGAUCUCUCCCCUCUAAUCCUCUACCGUUUCCGGCAUUUCGAUUCCUCGAAUCUCCGGCGAUUUCAGGUAACGGAAGAGGUAACGGUAACGGAACAGCAGAAGGAGAACGAGGACCGACCGUGAAAGCGCUUGGAGAACGAGUUAACCCAACAUCGACGGCGGAAGAAGAAGACGUAGACGGACGACGUUCACCCAAAACAUCGUCAUCCGUCAAGUGCCGGAGCUUCCUCUGA